UAUCAGCCAUUUUAUGUUGAGUUGUAUAGAUAAAUAAAUAAAUAAAUAAUUAAAUAAAUAUAGGUUUAUGUCUGCCAACUUUGCCGUUUACUGCUGCUCAACUCAAUCAACUGUAAUUUGUCUUUGUGGAUUGGAAUUUGGAAUUAUUCGCUGAUUUCAAAUUAUCAGGAAAAACAGAGUUAGUUAGUUAGUUAAGAAUCGGAAUCGGAAUCGGAAUCAGAUGACCAUAACUAUGCAAUCGACGCCGGGAAGUUCAGGGUACUUAGAUUUGCACCCGGAGCGUAAGAUGUCCUUUUUUAAGAAUCCUUACAUUCUUGGUCUCGCCGCUGUCGCCGGCAUCGGUGGUCUUCUCUUCGGCUACGACACCGGUGUCAUAUCAGGAGCUCUUUUAUAUAUUAAAGAUGAUUUUGAGGAAGUUCGCAACAGUAAUUUUCUACAGGAAACAAUUGUUAGUAUGGCAAUUGCUGGUGCAAUUGUUGGUGCGGCAGUUGGUGGUUGGAUUAAUGAUGCUUAUGGAAGAAAAAAGGCAACCCUCUUAGCCGAUGUUAUCUUUAUUCUUGGAGCAAUUGUCAUGGCUGCUGCCCCUAAUCCUUAUGUUCUCAUUGUCGGACGCCUUCUCGUUGGUUUGGGUGUUGGCAUUGCUUCUGUUACUGCUCCUGUCUAUAUUGCAGAAGCAUCACCCUCUGAAAUUAGGGGUUCAUUAGUCAGCACUAACGUCCUCAUGAUUACGGGUGGACAAUUUAUUUCCUAUCUCGUUAACCUUGCAUUCACCGAGGUUCCUGGCACAUGGCGAUGGAUGCUUGGUGUUUCGGGUGUUCCUGCACUUAUUCAGUUCAUUCUCAUGCUCUUCCUCCCUGAAUCCCCAAGAUGGCUAUUUUUAAAGAAUAGGAAAAACGAAGCUGUCGAUGUAAUUUCUAAGAUCUUUUCCUUGGAUCGCUUAGAGGACGAAAUUGAUUUCCUAACUGCUCAAUCCGAGAAAGAACGCCAAAGAAGGAGUACUAUCAAGUUCUGGCAUGUGUUUAGGUCAAAAGAAAUCGGAAUGGCAUUCCUUGUUGGAGGCGGAGUUAUGUUCUUUCAGCAGUUUACAGGCAUAAACACAGUCAUGUACUACAGUCCAACAAUUGUUCAAAUGGCUGGCUUCCACGCCAAUAAGUUGGCUCUUCUUCUGUCACUCAUAGUUGCUGGCAUGAAUGCUGUCGGAACAGUUCUCGGCAUUUACCUUAUCGACAACACAGGGCGGAAAAAAUUGGCACUUUGUAGUUUGGGAGGAGUAUUUGCAUCCUUGAUAAUGUUGACCUUAGCAUUUUAUAAGCAGUCAUCAUCAUCAAAUGGAGUGUAUGGAUGGCUUGCGGUUAUCGGCUUAGGCCUUUAUAUUGGUUUUUUCUCGCCAGGAAUGGGGCCGGUGCCGUGGACUAUAAACUCGGAGAUAUAUCCUGAAGAAUAUCGAGGUAUAUGUGGGGGCAUGGCAGCUACCGUGUGUUGGGUUUCAAAUUUGAUUGUGUCUGAGAGCUUUCUUUCGAUUGCGGAGGGUAUUGGUAUUGCUCCAACUUUCUUGAUUCUUGCUGGUAUAGCUGUGGUUGCAUUUUUCUUUGUACUUCUUUAUGUUCCAGAGACUCAAGGAUUGACAUUUGAUGAAGUGGAGGUAAUAUGGAGGGAGAGAGCUUGGGGAAAGAACCCAAACACACAGAACCUUCUUGAGCAGGGAAGUCAAUCAUAAGUAUUGGCAUGAUUAUUCGAUGUGUCUUGUAUCAUUAUGCAUCUUAUUUUAUGACUACAUAUUGUUAUGUAUGUAUGUAGUAUUCUUAUGUCGGAUUUAAUAAAUAUACAGAGUGAACAUAAAACGAUUAGUUUCUCAUUUGAAAUUGUUUUUUUUACCACUAUUAAGAUUUAAAAGGAUGAUGGUCUUUGGCAUCCAAAGUUUUUGUGUAAGCAUUAUAUAGUCUUGAGGACAUAUCAUUUUUUUUAAGUGGUGACAAAAUCUUCAUACCAUUGUAUUGCUGAUAUCAAAAUCUUAUAGUUCCAUUGUUAUUUUAAUCCUCAA